UUUAGGGAAAAAGGUGGAGAAGGAGACUAGAGGAAAACCCGGACCUCAGACCAGCCCAUCUUGCCUUACAGCCUCCUUCCUUUUAUGCCAGUGUCCGCGGAGAAAUCUGAUCUCAGAUCGGCGGACCGCGUCUCCCCACCACACUACGAGCUUUGGGACUCAGACCAGAGGAAAUCGUGCUCCGUCGGCAACCAGGUCGUCACGCCAAUACUCAACCACAGCAGACCACGGCGAGGAAACGGACAAGGAGGCGGCGGACGCGAAGAGAGCUGGUAGGACUCACGGAGGAGUUUGAUGCAGAAGCACAUCCGGCGGAGGGAUAGAGCAAAGAGGACUGGCGGCGCAUACGGAGUAGUAUUACGCUCAGCUAAUUUCCAACAUUUUCCAUUGGCAACGACAGUGUGCUCUCAGAGCCACAUUUAUAAAGAGAGCUAGCGGAAUGUAAUGCUAGCGAGCUAGCUAAUGGUAGCUAGCUAAUUAGCUUGUCAGGCACCCUAGAGUCGGACGUGUGAUCUUUAUUAAAAUAGGUCACUGGUGUCAUUUCACAUUUUUCUCUCUUUAGAAAAGCUAGUCUUUCUGUUGUUGUUUGGGCUAGAUUCUAGUAUGGUCAUUAUGGUCUGUCUCUAAUAGCCAACGCGAAGUUAGACAAUAAACAGUGCGGGCUUUCCAUAUUGAUGAAAAUCUGCUCAAUAUUAUUCGCCCGAGUCUUUUGUGAAUAUCAAGCUGUGAAGGAGAAAACAAAGGAAUAACGGAAAAGCAGAGAAGAGAACCAGACUUCUGCUCCGUGACUUUCCCCCGUCCAAUGUUAAUGUCGACCGACGUUGCAUCUCUAAUGCUGCCCGUUAAUCGGGAAAUAAUGGAUCACGAGAGGGAUAUUGAUACAGGGGCCACCGGAGCGCAUCCGAACGCGGCCGCGGGUGCAGCGGUUGUCCGGGGGAUGAAGCGCGGAGACCCGGAGCCUGACGCUCAGACCGCCGCUGCCCUGACUGACCUGGCCGGGGCGGAAUGCAAGAGACCGAGGAUAGACGGCUCCGGGAGCGUGGUCGGUGACAUCGGACAGAACAAUGAGCCUUUAAACCCCGGUUUCCAUGGAUACGCACCUCACAGUCAGGGCUCCCAGGACUCAACCGGAGGACAGGAAGGUUUAGUGGCCCCACCCUUUGCAACCUUCCCUCCUCCACCCCCUCCUCAAAACGGCCUACCGGGAGCAGAGUUUGGCCCAGGGGCCAUGUUUGGUGCUGUGGGCCAAGGUGCAGCAGAGGUCGGAGUCGGCGCUAACGGAGCCACAGCUACAACCAACAACAACAAUGGGAAGGUGGAGGAGACGUCUCAGGGUGAGGCGGGUGCACAGUGUUCCGCUGGAGGGACAGGAGCAGGAGGUUCAACAGGAGACUCUGCAGAGGCCAAAGGCACCCCCAAGCGCCUCCACGUCUCAAACAUCCCUUUCCGCUUUCGGGACCCAGACCUCAGGCAGAUGUUUGGGCAAUUUGGGAAGAUUCUGGAUGUAGAGAUCAUUUUCAAUGAGAGGGGUUCAAAGGGUUUUGGCUUUGUGACAUUUGAAACCAGCGCAGAUGCAGAGAAAGCCAGAGAAAAGCUCCACGGCACGCUGGUGGAAGGACGUAAGAUCGAGGUGAAUAAUGCCACCGCCAGGGUGAUGACUAACAAGAAAAUCGUCAGCCCUUACCCUAAUGGAGAGGCUCUCAGCACGCUGCCCUAUGGGUGGAAACUAAGUCCAAUGGUGGGAGCUGUAUAUGGACCAGAGAUCUACGCAGUCCCAGGGUUUCCCUAUCCAACUGCAGCAGCUGCGGCAGCAGCCACUACAGCAGCAGCUUUCCGCGGCGCCCACCUAAGGGGCCGAGGUCGUCCCGUUUACAGCACCGUAAGGGCUGCUGUGCCUCAGCCUGCAAUCCCUGCCUACCCUGGACUAGUGUUACAGGACUCAGUCCUUAGUCCCAGAUUGCUUCAGGGAGGCUACCCUGCUGCUGCUGCCGCCGCCGCCGCUGCAUAUCGCUACGCCCAGCCUACUGCUGUAACCGGAGCAACCGCCGCUGCUGCCGCCUACAGUGACAGUUAUGGCCGGGUAUACACUACAGAUCCGUACCACGCUUUAACUCCAGCUGCUGCAGCUUAUGGAGUGGGAGCCAUGGCUAGUUUAUACCGGGCAGGAUACAGUAGGUUUGCUCCUUACUAAAGCCACAAAUCCCAUCCAAGGAAAGCCACUUGGCUCCCAAACUCCCUCUGAACUCUGUGUUUGGCAGGAGCCUCCCCUCCAUUUUAUCUGCAGGCAGACUAUAAUAGCGACAGCUCACUUCUUACUUUUUUCCCCUCUCUUCUUCUCUUUCUUUUUGUGGUCAUUGCCACUUCACCGAAACCAAACUCACUCUGUACUUUUUCUGUCGCCGACACGGAACCAGCGGGGGAAAAAAACCAAGUAUAAAACCUGCCAUGAGUGUCUCCCACGUAUGAAGCUGGAGCCUGCUGAUUUGACCUUCAGAGCAGGAUUUGGGAUUGUUUUAAAAAAAAAAAAAAAAAAAACACACACACAUACACUACGGGACCCAGGCGGAGAGAGGACAUCGGUUCCGGUUCGACCCGACCCGAAACACUACAAACCCUUUUUUCCCUACGAGCUCCCCUUUAAAUUUAGCCCGACUCAUUUAAACUCACAGCUACAUUGAGCACCAUGUAUAAUGUUUUCUCAGAGUGUUGGACGGAACUGAAAGGCUGAACUGCCACAGCGCUAAUGUACAAAGGUACUUUUGUUUUUAAACACUACAUUGACAUUUACACGGAGCAUAGACUCGCUGCAGUCAUCUCUCUGGCCUAACAUUUAUACAAUAAUGAUUUAAAAAAAAAUGGAUAAAACCAAGUACUUGAUUAAGGAUUUUAUUUGUCUUAUUCUUUAUUUCAUUUCAAUGAUGGAAACCACUGCUUUGAACUAUAUUCCACUGCAUUCUUUGUCAUUUUCAUUUAAUGUUAAAACAAAACGCUAAAGAAUGAGAUAAUCAGUGCUCCAAAACAUUUAAAAGUGACAAGGAGAGAUCAUUUUUCUGCAUUACCCCAAUUCUUUGGUUUACAACCAUUAAUAAGAAGCUGAAUAGAGACACCGUGAUUAAAAAAAAAAGAGUUAUUUUCAGUAAUUGCUCAUCAGUACACAUUCUUAUUCCAACUGUGUUCAUUUUGAAAGUUCAGCGCACCCACCCCCUCAGCGCCUCCCCCAUGACGUUUAUUUUUGGCUUCUUCCAACAAUAAAUUGGGCCCUGUACAUUUUCGUGUCCUAGACUGUCAAGAUAUUCCAGCUGCAGCGAAUGAGUGGACCCGAUGGACAAAAUCCGUCAAAAUUCAAAGGAAAAAGAUGCAGCAAAGCAGGCGCAAAGACAAGGCAAAUGAACUAGUUCUCUCUCUUUUUAUGCUGCGGAAAGAUCUGCAGCACAGUCCAGCAGCAAGUAGAGAUCCCGGUAAUAUAAUGAAGUAGGAUUUCAUCACUAGUUUUCAGUAGUUUAAAGCUCCUCAUCAUGUUGUUGUUUUAAGUUUUACUUCCGGUGACUCUGAAGGCAUCAUGAAAACAACUGACUUCCAGUUUCAGCUGAAUCUCGCUAUAUUACUGCUAUUAUUACUGCUAUUAUUUGCCUUUUUUUGGGUUCCAAAGAUUUUCUUUAAAGACAUAUUUUGUUGUCCUCUUGUAUUUCUGCUUUCAUGUUUUUUUUGUUUUUUCUUUUACUGUUGCAAUAUUUUAUCAAGUGGGUUGAAGCUGAUUUGUGUUGCAGCCGCACCUCCGGGAAAUGUCACUGAAGCUUAAAAAAAAGGAAAGUGUUAAAAGGUUGCAGUGAAUUGCAGACAUGAAUUCAAUUUGCUUCUCACCCUUAAUUUAUUGAGGCUAUUGCUUUUUUUUUUCUUGCACACGAACGCAUAGUAGAUGUGCAGACAAAGGAAAUCAGAGCAGAAAGACAGUAGAAAUGAGAGGACGCAGGGUCUAAGGCUGUCCACCUUUAGUGAGUGAUGAAACAGCAUGUGGGUGGUGAAGGUGAGAAGCGGAGCCCAUUAAUCAUUAGCUGACAGAAUAACAACGUCCCCCUGCUGUCUUCCAGGGGUACGGCACGCUCAGGGCGGAAGGGACCAGCAUGUUGAAGGGUGUGCCGUUUUUUAAAUUUUUUGUUUGUUUUUCUCGUAUGAUUGUGAACCUGUGUGCAGUAGGUCCAAUGAGUAUUUUCGACGAGCAUUACCUCUUUUUCUUUUUAUUGGUCUUACUGUUCCUUACGAGUAUUAUCAGAAGUGUUGCUAUGCAUGCUCUUGCAAGCGAGGAAGGGUGUCAGUCUUUUUUUUUUUCCAUUUGUGCAUGAAUUCUAAUCCUAGUGCUGGAGGACAGGAGUGUUUACGGCUGCAGGAAGAAGGGAGAGCUUUUGCGAUGUGAUGCGCGGCGACAGGAGUGACGGGGAAUGUUAGGAAAGGCCCGGCGUGAAGUGUUUAAGGCGGAACAGGAGAAGACAGGAUGGCUGGUUCAGUCCUCUGCAGUAAUCUGGGGGUUCUCUCCCCUGUGCCUCUGUCAUUGUCAUGGUAAACUCCAGUCGCUUUGGAUGUAUAGUUAAAUUUGGUUUUAGCUCAUCUGAGGCAGUUAAUCUAGCUGCUGUAUGAUUAGAGCCUGGCUCUCAGAGAGAUCCUUGUAUAGAAUCCAGCUCCCUCACUCAGCUGGCAGAUGCUUGUUUCGAGGUGCUGUAAAGGGCAGCUGCAGUAACACGAUGUGCUUGCAUGUUCUCAUAUCUGCUAAUUGGGGCGACUUGCUUUUAGAAAGCAGCAAAAACACAAACAAACAAAAGCACACAGAUUGAUUUGGAGUGACACAGAAGCAAAAGUUCUCCUAUCCAUCCAUCCAGCCAGUCCAGUGGGAGUCUGUGUACAGCAGUUAAUAAAUGGAUUUGAAUUGCAUGUGAAGGUUUCUUUUCUAUUUCACAUGCUCUUAAAAGCUCAUUUAUCCAAGUGAUUUUUUUUUAAUAAGUGAAAGUAAAUACGUGUAUUUUCUCAUGAUGUUUUAUUUUGACAUCCUUGUGUCUGCCUUCUGUUUAUUAUCUUCAUUAUUAUUGAAUGUAUAUAAUAAAUAAACUGUUUGGUUUUUA